AUGACAAUAGCGCCAAUGGCAAACGAUUUAGAAGAUUUUGAGUCUCUGCUGGAGCCUGAUUUUGAUGCUAAACAAUUUGGUAAUGACUUACUGAAGGCUACUAAUAACAAUGACACAACCAUUUUAGACCUUAACACGCCUCUUAAAAAGCUAAACUAUGAUCUACAUGAGAUUGACUCUAGAAUAGACCAAUUGAUGAAUAGCAACCCAUUGGAGAUAAUAGAGUUAAUUUACAAAAAUGAACACGUCAAUUCAACCAUAGUUGGUGAGUUGAAACCAAGUUUGGGAUAUAUGAAUAUGUCGUACGAUAGACUAAAGAAUCAAGUUCUAGAUCCUUAUGAAAGAGCGAGGAAAGUCCAACUAGCGUUGAGUAAAGUUUACCAAACAUCUUUUCUCUUGCGCGGAGCAUUGCUUUAUAUUCAUUUAUCAAACAAAUUAAACGCACUGUCUAAAACAGCCCAACUAAGCACAUCAACAGCUAUUAAUUUAGCCUCCUUACACUACCAACUUGAAAUUACUUUGGAAGAAAAUAAAAAUCUAAAAUCCUUGCGGAAAAUUAAACAAUUAGAUCAGGACAUUGUUUCCCCCAACAAAAGAGAGUUAAUAACAUUUUUGUCUUUACAAAUGUGUAAAGAGUGCUUGAACUCUAUUAAAAUCAAAUCGAACAAAGAAAUAAUAUCUCAGCUGGCCUACUCCUUAUAUCUACUUUCAUCUCAAGAAUUCGAGUCUGCAAUAAACAAGAUUGUACUAUCUAAUGUUACAAUGAGCUCACAAAUCCUAUCAAAAAUUUUAAAUUCUAUCAGGAUGUUUCCUGAUGCGUUCAAUGAAGUUGUUGAAAAAGGUUAUAACAUCUACAUUUUAGAAACACUACUACAGAACAUCAAAACGGAUAAUGUUACGAAUUCCUCGAGAUCUAUUGCUGCUAAUAAAUCACGCCUUGGCAAUCUUUUAUCAGAAUAUACCUCAAUGAAGAGUAAAGCAGGUUCUGGUACACCGAGAGAUCUGUUUUGGAGCAAAGUUUCAUCUGCCUUCAAAAAGGACUUUGAUAUAUCUGUUAAUAGAGGAGGCCCUGUGGGCAAGUCGCUGUUAAAAAAUAAAGAUUUUAUUAUAAACACUAUGAAGCAAAGUAUGAAAAAAUCUUCUGAUAAUAGUGAUUACCAAAGCUACUUGGAUGUAAUGCUAAACUCAGUAUCUAUUUCUCUAAAUAAGUGA